AUGGAAAAGCAACCUAUAGAAGGACACCAAGAAGCUUUACCGGGGCAACCACAUGGCAGCCAAGAGGGCUACCAGCAGCCACCACCACCUGCCAAUGGUUACCAGCAUCCACCACCAGUAACUGCUGGUUACCAACAGACACCACUACCACCUGUAGGUGGCUACCAGCAACAAGCACCACCUGCAGGUGGUUACCAGCAACUGCCACCACCUGCAGGUGGUUACCAAUACCAACCACCACCACAUGCACAACAGCAACAGCAGGGUCCUCCUCCCGCACAACCCCAGCAGGGCUGGAACAAUCCACAACACCACGCACCACCCCCUGCAUAUUCUCAAACUAACACAACAGUGGUGAUCCAGCCUACGACUGCUGUACGGCCGAUCAAUCAUCACAUGUUCAGAGAGAGUGGGGUACAAAUUGUAUGUCCUUACUGCUCACAGACUAUAACAACAGCUACAAGGACUACCCCGGGUAUGAUCACGUGGGUGGCAGUCAUCAUCAUAUGUUUAAUUGGGUAA